AGCAGCCCAAAAACACAUAUCACAUGGCACAACAACAUAAACCACGACAUGUACUACUCUUCCCAUUUCCUGCACAAGGUCACAUGAACCCUCUAAUCCAAUUUGCCAAACGUUUAAAUUCCAAAGGUGUCAAAACAACACUCAUAACAACUAUAUACACCUCAAAUUCUAUCUUAGCACACAACACAUCCGCCACUUCCAUCGACAUCCUAUCGGUUUCGGACGGUUUCGAUGAAGGUGGCUAUGCUAGUGCCGAUAGCUCCGAAACGUACCUCGAUACAUUUCGUAAAGUCGGGUCACAAUCAUUACUUAACGAGCUCAAAAAACUUCAAAGUCAAGGAGAAAAAAUUGAUGCGGUCAUAUAUGAUGCAUUUAUGCCAUGGGUAAUGGAUGUAGUUAUAGAAGCUGGUAUUAAAGGUGGUGCUUUCUUUACUCAAGCUUGUGGUGUAAACAAUAUAUAUUAUCAUGUUUAUAAAGGAUAUAUAUCUUUGCCAUUGAGUUCGAAUAGCGUUACGGUUCCUGGAUUGCCAACGCUUGAAAGCUGGGAGACACCAUCUUUUGUGCAUAAUUAUGGACCAUACCCUGGUUGGUCUCAAACUGUGUUUAAUCAGUUUGAUAAUAUUGAUAAAGCAACUUGGGUCUUCACAAAUACUUUCUACGAACUCGAGGAACAGGUGAUAGAGUGGAUGAAGAAGAUGUGGAACUUGAAAGUAAUCGGGCCAACACUUCCGUCAAUGUACCUUGAUAAACAAAUAGAAGAGGAUACAGAUUAUGGGAUCAAUCUCAUCAAAGCAAACCAUAGUGAAUGCAUCAACUGGCUAAAUGAUAAGCCAAAGGAAUCAGUUGUUUAUGUGUCAUUUGGCAGCGCGGCACGACUUGAACCAGAGCAAAUGGAAGAAGUUGCAUUGGGUUUGAUUAAUAGCGACACAAACUUCUUGUGGGUUGUAAGGGCCGAUGAAGAGGAAAAGCUCCCUAAAGGGUUCCUUGAUACAAAACCCGAAAAAGGUCUGAUAGUGGCAUGGUGUAAACAGUUGGAAGUGCUAGCACAUGAGUCAGUAGGAUGCUUUCUCACCCAUUGUGGGUUUAACUCGACUCUUGAAUCCAUAAGUUUGGGAGUACCACUUGUGGCAAUGCCUCAAUGGACGGAUCAGAUUACCAACGCCAAGUGCAUAGAAGAUAUUUGGGGAGUUGGAAUAAGAGUUAAGGCUGACGAGAAGGGGAUAGUGAGGCGGGAAAAUCUAGUGUCGUGUAUAAAUGAGAUUAUGGAGGGUGAGAGAGGACUCGUAGCAAGGAAGAAUACAAUUAAGUGGAAGGAAUUGGCUAAGAAAUCCGUUGAUCAAGGUGGGAAAUCAGACAAGGAUAUCGAUACAUUUGUGUCUGAACUAGUUAAUUAGUUCAUAAUUAAAUGUUGAUUUUCCAUCAUGCUUUAGUCAUUUUAAAAACUUGAUUUCUACUUUA